GAGCAGACGCAGCAGAGGGUCCGUGGAAGAGUAAAAAAGUUUUUCUCUUUACAUGUAUAAAAUAAUUAGGAGUUUGAAAGAGGGACUUUUAGGGAAUAGUAAAUAAGUUUCAUUCCAAAGACGCAUCUUCAGAUAAAAGUAUUACUUGUUUCAAGCGUGCUGGAAAACUAACAUAUUUAGUUCACUUGGUCUUACACUUCAAUGUAGGCAAUAACGGAUUAAUCACUUUUAGAUAACGACGGCUGUUGUUUUCAAAAUUAUUAACAUGACAAUGGCGAUUAUUCAGUGUCUCUCUGUGAUUAUUUUGCAUUUGUUUGGGAUCGUUUUGACCACAGAUAGUAACAGUUCUGUAACAGAAACAAACAAGGAUGUGUAUAUUGAUAUCUUUAAUGAACUUCGUGAAGAAUUGAAAGAGCACAAAGCAAUGUACAUAAAACAAAUUGAAGAACUUCGAAAGCAAGUGACAAAUAAUGAGCAGAGAAUAAAGCAACUGGAAGGCGUAAAUGAGAAAAUUAAGGGUUUAAAUGGAAAAUGCAUGAAUGAAAUGAUUAUGCAAAAAACGCACAUGGAUAUCAUAAGUGAAAGAAUACAACAUCUAGAAGGCAAAUGGGAGAAGAUGAAAGUCGACAAUGGAAAAUGCUUGAAAGAAACGAUGAUGUUGAAAACAAAGGUGAAUAAUAUUCGUGAAAAGGACGAGGACAUGACGGAUACCAUCAAAGUCAAAACUCACACAAGAAAGGAAACGGAGGAAGAAAAUAAGGCGGCGAAAGUAGUAAAAAGAUCUUUUUCAGAAUUCCAAGAUAGGAAACCUGCCUUCUCAGCAGCCAUUUCCGGACCUCACAUAACUGAACUAGGCAAGUAUCGAUCAUGUUUUCACAAAUAUUGGCAAUGGCUAUUCUCCGUUAACGGGCGUUUUCACUACACCAACAAAUGGGACAUACUACUUCACAGCUACUGUUAUGAGCGAUUAUGGAGAUUAUGUGGAAACAAACCGAGAUUUCUUUAAACGGAAACAGCA